AUGGAAACAGGUAUUACCGAUAAGAUACUCCCCAAUAGUGGUACCACUCGAAAGCGUAAUAGAGUUAUUUUAAACUGUUUGAAUUGUAAAAGAAGAAAGGUUAAAUGUGAUAGACAACUGCCGUGCCUGCGAUGUAUAAAGUCUGGACUUACUUGUGAAUAUCAACAACCUGAAUGGAACCAUAAUGCAAGUAGCGAUAUUGCUCCAUUUAAAGUACAACGGUUAGGAGGAGUAUCGCCGAAUUCUAACCAGACUACAAACCAAUCAGAACUACAAGAAUUAAAAGAGAGAAUUCGUCAACUAGAAAACAAAAACAACAACAGCAACAAUAGUUACAGCAUUGAUAAUGGGAACCUACCAUUAAAAAGGCAAACAUCUAUGUCUCAUGCAACUUCAAAAGAACAAAUAAACAAUUAUAAAUACGAUCCUAAUAAUAAUGCCACCUUCAUUGGUAUCAAUCCUUAUGCGGAUAUUUCAGAAACCAUCAAUUUUUAUAAGGAUUAUAAUUCAAUUCAUGUAUCAUCAGUAACUCGCAAAUAUAACGCUGGUCCAUUUUCUUGGUUAGCUUUAAUGAAAAAGGAUCCAGCAUUACUUCAAUCUUGGAAAAAAUUUCGACAACAAAGAUCUGCACAUUUACAAAAAUUAAGACAAGUUUCAAGAAAUGGUAAGGAACCCCCAAGUGCUAUUCCAUUACCAAAAUUCGAGAAUAAUGAAGCCAUAUUAAAUCCCGAAGAAACAAACAAAACAAAUAGUCUAUUACCUUCUGUACAAGAUGCAGAGGAAGACUUCAGAGCUAAAGCUAUCGAUAGAGAUGGUUUUAAUGAUGUUCGCCUAUAUGGAAAUAUUCAACGUACAAGUAAUUUAAGAAGUAAAAUUACAAAGAAGUCCGAAAAGAAUGAGACAGAAGAAAAUUCAACUAAAAUUGCAACGAUGAAUAAACAAGGUAUUUCAUUAGGGUUAACUGUUUAUGAAGGAACUAUUGAUAAAGAAUUGCAAUUAAUUGAGAAGAUAUCAAUGGUAUUACCCAAGCAAAAAGUAGUUUGGAAGUUAGUUAAUAAAUUUUUUGCUAAAGUGUAUCCGUUCAUGCCAAUCAUAGAUGAAACAGAAUUCAAGACGGAGAUAUCUAAAAUUGUAGGUCCUGAAGAAUAUGAUGAAACAGAUGUUGAAUUAACUGUUGAGAAACGCCUAGAUUUUGCAUACUUAGGAAUAUUGCUUACCAUAUUACGUUUGACUUAUUUAUCAUUAUUCCUGAAUAGAAAUGGUGUUAACGAAGAUAACCUUAAUACUACUGAUCCAUCAGAAGAGGCUCAAGAAUUGAAAUAUCUAUUAUCAAACCCAAUUAAUAUCACAGUUACCGAUGUGGCACAAGAAUGCCUUGAGCAGUUUGAUUUCUUAAGAAAAACAAAUUUCACUGUUUUGCAAUGUACAUUUCUUCUUAGAUUGUAUUGUAUGUUUGCUCCUGAAGAUGGUGAUGGUGCUGAUGUGGGCGAUUCUCAAACUUAUAAUGCCAUGUUGAUUCAAAUGGCAUAUUCUAUGGGGAUUAACCGCGAACCAACCACUAAUAUAUCACAUGGCCAAUGGGAUAUUCUUACAGAUGACUUGAAAAUGAAUAAUGUUCAACGUAAGAUUUGGUUUUUCUUGGUUAUUUGUGAUCUCAUACAGGGGUAUAAAUUUGGGAAUCCUUUAUGUAUUGAUAAAAAAUAUUACGAUACAGCAUUACCAUUUUAUAAACCAGGAAAUGAAAAUAUUCAAGAUGUGGAAAUGGAAAAACAUGUCAUUGGUACUUUCUCAUAUUUUGAAAGGUAUUAUGAAAAACUUGUUACUAUUCUUGAUUCCACUUUGGAUAUCAAGAAAGAUAUUAAAUUAUCGGAAUUAACAUCACAACUUACUGAUUUUGAAGUAUUUUUGGCCAAUAAUUAUGGAUCACUUAAAGAUUUUUUGAUUCCCUAUGAUAGUAAAGUAUAUAAAUAUUCAUUUGUUAAAACCAUGAAGUGCAAGAAUUAUAUCAAUAUGAGAAUGUUUCUUAAUACCAUAUUUUAUCAUUUAUUUUUAUAUUAUGAAAAACAACAAAACACAGAAUUUGCAUUUUUUUAUUUGAAAAAAGUUUUAGCAUCACAUCUUGGAGAGUUUUUCCCAAAUGUAUUUUAUUUGAUUAAUGAUAAUCAUGUUAAUUUUGGAGAAGUUGCUGAUUUAAUUCUUAAUCCAACAGUUGAAAGUAUGAUUCAUAAAGUUUCUCAAAUUAAUUUUGCACUUAUAGUAAGAUUAAACUCCAGCUUUUUUUCAAUGAGAAAUAACCCAAAACAUGCAGAGAAAAUGGAUUCAGAUGCUGGAUAUAGAAAGAAAUUUGCAAAGAUUUCCCAAGCUGCUUUACGAUUAAGAAAAGUUUCUGAUUUCUUAUUAAUGGCAAUGUCAAAAUUAAGCCGAAGAUAUUAUUAUGCAUGGAGAGUUACCAAAGCUCUUUCAUUUAUUUUGAAAUAUGCAAAUCGUGAAGAAUUGUAUUCCAAUCAAAUCAAUCAGGUUAAUUUCCUUGAUAUAAAUGAUGAACAAUUAACAGAAUUGACAAAUAUGAUAGGUAUAAGCCUUGAGAGGAAUAGUAAGGCAAGGAAACUGUCUGAUGGAGAUAUAGAUAUUCCUUCAACAACAGCAGCCACAGAGGAAGUAAGAUCAAAUUGCACACUAGAAACUGUAUCAACUUUAGGGACGAACACAAAUGUCUUUACAAAUCCGACAAUUAGUUCAUCUACAUCUAAACAUCCACAAGAUGUAAUUGAUCCAAUAUCCAUGAAACCAAUUAAUGUAGAUUCAUUAUUUGAUAAUUUUGACUGGGAGAAAGAUCUUAAUAUUAUAAAUAAUCCAGAAAUCGAUAAUUUAUGGUUACAAAUGGCACAAAUGAAAAAUGAUUCAUCUCAUUCAACAAUCAAUAAUAAUAACAACAAUAAUUAUAAUAUGCCAAUCAAUAAUAAUACUUCAAAUUCUGCAUUUAUUAAUUUGAAUAAUAAUGGAAAUUCUAUUGGUAGUGCUAAUCCAAUAACUCCGUCUAGUGUAACAAGUUCUAAUUCUGAGAGUGAUUAUAUUAGACCAGAUAGAUCUACUAGACUUUCAAGCGAUUUUGGCCUUUUUGAUACUUUACCAUUUGAAAGAUUUUUUGGCGGUGAAGGUAUGUAG